AUGGAAACUGGUCGUUCGCGGCACAUGGUGCCAACGCAACAGACCCAGGAAGAUGCGGCGGAACACCUCCCCAACGCGCGCGAAAUCGAGGCCUUUAGUGACGCCGAGCUCACCAAACAUCUAUGGGAUAACUCGCGGUGCGUGACGGUUCGGGAUCCCGAAAACAUAUCCGAAAGCUUUCUGGAGAGACUUAGGGAAAUGGUCCGUUCGCACAAUGUGCCCCACUCCGCCGUCGUCGACCUCAACGGCGUCAAUGCCAAGCUGCUAGCCACGGAGCCCAAGGGCCGAGAGGUCUCUCCGGCGUCGUCGGACCGAGUUACGGAGAUUCUGGACGACACGGAAGAUGGAGAGGUUUCAAGCCAUCGUGAUCUAGUUGGUGCUGGAGGACGACCCGCCUACCCGAUCCAACUUCUUGACCAAGUCUGGGAAAAUCCUCGGGCAUACAGAGACAUUCUUUCACUCUUUUGCUUCAGUGAAUACGAAUGGGAGAACCCUACUAUUUUUGCCUGGCAAAAGUCAAGAUGGGAUCUCUUCCGAGCCUGGCAGAAGGAUGCUCGGACCGGCCGGAUCUGCACGGGCGGAACGUCUCAAGCCGCCGUCAAACUCAUCCAAAGCACUCGUGCUGGCGACCGCGGCCUGGCCUCCUAUGUCGAGUCCGUGCGCACAAACGCCUUGGUUCCACUUCGCCUCCAAACCGAUCUCAUCGCAGAGUUCGAUCCGACCCAAGAUCCUAUAAUACAGAAUGCUCUCACAACCUGGCUAGAAUAUGUCGCCUACCGAUAUAUUCAGACCAAAUGUGAAUCGAACAGCGCUGCGCACCACAAAAAACACUUACAAAAGACCUGGGAGGAGCUUGUUAGCAUGGAACUCUUGACACCGUCUGAGCUCGAGAAGGGCAUUGUUCGUUUAAAUUCGUCGUCGUGGGACGCCGCCAGCGAGACUCCGGAGCGGGUCAAGCUGCGGCUUGGUGGAAUCCGUCGCUACACCUGUUCAAGCAUGAGCCUUCGCUGGGCCGAAAAUGCUCUGGAAAGGGACGCUGCCGAGCUCUCCUGGGCUUUAAGACAAUUGCCCCUUGUGCAGGCCGAGGCCGAGGAACACCAGCGCCGAAAGGAGUUGGAUACAAAACACGCGACUAAAUAUUGCCCCAUACAGAAAGAUACUAGGAUCAUGGCAGAAGCGCAGAAAACCUCAGAUUCACUCCGCCGGAGCCCACGGAUUGCUGCCAAACAGGCUCAAAAGGCUGCCACGGUCAACCUGCCAACUGUCCCAGAGAGACAACAAACCGUUUCUAUUCCUCGCAAACGCUUGAGACAAACAAAUGCGCCGUGCACUGUUUUUCAGGAGGAAGCGAGAGAUAACAUUUCCAGCCGACGUCGGAACCAGGCACGGCCAGCGGAUUCCGUCCGAGGACCAGAACAGGAUGUUGCUCCACGGAAAAGGCGCAAAGUACAAGGUUACGUACCAAAAAGACCCAGCAACGCGACUUUAGGAAGCCCCUCCGCACCCCCACUUGACAAGCCAUAG